CGGCGGAAGAGGCAGAUUCAGGAAGCCAUUACGCAGCUGGCUGGCAGCGGCAGGGCCGGUCGGGGCUGGGCCCUACGCACUUUGCGUAGCGAGGAGGGUUACCUAAGGCCUAGUGCUUGGCCUCGAGCAAGCCCGGCCUAUCCCCUGUAGGGGAUGGGUGAGGGGCGAGGCUGAGGAAGAAGAGUAGGGGAAUUGGGGCGCUUGAGGGGAUUAUAAUUUCUUUAAACAGAGGGGAGGGGACAGGCCAUGGCAGUCCCAGCCAAGAAGAGGAAGAUGAACUUCUCGGAGCGGGAGGUGGAGAUCAUCGUGGAGGAGCUGGAGCUGAAGAAGCACCUGCUGGUGAACCACUUCAACGCCGGAGUACCCCUGGCUGCCAAGAGCGCGGCCUGGCACGGCAUCCUGAGAAGGGUCAACGCCGUGGCCACUUGCCGCAGGGAGCUGCCUGAGGUCAAGAAGAAGUGGUCUGACCUCAAGACCGAGGUCCGUCGUAAGGUUGCCCAGGUCCGGGCUGCCGUGGAGGGUGGCGAGGCCCCGGGGCCCACUGAGGAGGACGGAGCUGGAGGGCCUGGGACAGGCGGUGGCAGUGGCGGCGGUGGCCCAGCUGUAGCCCCCGUGCUGCUGACCCCCAUGCAACAACGUAUCUGCAACCUGCUGGGCGAGGCCACCAUCAUCAGCCUGCCCAGCACCACAGAGAUCCACCCCGUGGCCCUCGGACCCUCGGCCACCGCAGCCGCAGCCACGGUCACCCUGACACAGAUCCCCACAGAGACCACCUAUCACACCCUGGAAGAGGGUGUGGUGGAGUACUGCACGACUGAGGCGCCCCCGCCACUGCCACCAGAGGCCCCUGUGGAAAUGAUGGCCCAGCAUGCAGACACGUCAGUCAAGCCACAGGCGCUCAAGAGCCGCAUUGCCCUCAACUCCGCCAAGCUGAUACAGGAGCAGCGGGUCACCAACCUGCAUGUGAAGGAGAUCGCGCAGCACCUGGAGCAGCAGAACGACCUGCUGCAGAUGAUCCGCCGCUCCCAGGAGGUACAGGCCUGUGCCCAGGAGCGCCAGGCCCAGGCCAUGGAGGGCACACAAGCCGCCCUGAGCGUCCUCAUCCAGGUCCUCCGGCCCAUGAUUAAAGAUUUCCGCCGCUACCUGCAGAGCAACACAGCUAACCCGGCCCCUGCCUCUGACCCUGGGCAGGUGCCCCAGAAUGGGCAGUCAGACAGCAUCAUCCAGUGAGGGCAGGGGUCAGGCCAGCCUUCUGCCGUGAUGGGAUGAAAACUCCAUGGUCUUGUAAAUGGGUCCUGUGGUUGGCCUUGGCCUUAGGCUGGCCAUGUGCACAGCUCCCUCUUUAAUAAACACUUAGGGGUUCCACGGUUUUUGAGAAGAGGAAUUUUUGGGGCUCCUGGUACCCAAACUCUUCCACUACUUGAGCUGCCUUGCUGAGAUCCAGAAGAUUGGUGAGCUGUGGGUCACAUAUGCACGUGAUAGGACAUGUGUCAUCUUGACCCAGGGCUUGUGACAUGACCCAGACUUGGUCUUGGAAAACUGCAAGGAACAACACAACAGGCUGUCACCGGGAGCCAUUACCCUGCCUGGGUCUCUACGGAGCUGCCCCACCCCAGGUGCCAUCCUUUCGAGUAGGUUAAUGUCACUGGUGCUGGCAGUUGAGCAAUAAUACCUUGCUCCCUUGGGAGGCAGUGUGACUGAGCCUGAGGAGGAAACCCCACCCUUUUCUCCUUCUCACUGUGCCUCAGUUCUCAGGGGACUCCAACAACUGUUGUUCUCUCCCCCAACCUCACCCCAGGCACAGCACAGGCGCUUGUUAGGUGUUCUGGGAAGUCUCCAUAACACACAGCGGGCAGCCGGUCUGGCUCAGGAAUGCUGUGUGUGGGGAUGGUUUGGCCACUCUUUGGUCUCUGGGCAGCUUUUGAUUCAGGUCAAGCUUUGGAUGCUGUAAAUUUUCGAGAAAGCCAACUAGUGUGGAACUGUGUUGCCCCACUGCAGUGGGUCUGAGUGACCUGUGGGCUUUGUGGGGAGGCUUGCUUCUAGCCAGUUGUGUUGAUUCUGUAUGUGAACCCCUCCUGGGAAGGCCUUCAGGAGGGCCUCUCUGCUUGACUCCACAUUUCCAAAAUUCAGUACAAAAAAAGCCCUGCUGGACUCUGCCCUCGCCACACCGCUCAGUGCCUCCUGUUCUUGUGAAACCCUCUGAGUGGCUGAGUGAAUCCAAAGCUAUGAUUGACCCUGAAUGUAGGAGGAGGAAGAGGCGAAGCUGACCUAAGACGUGGGACCCUGGCCAGGUGCGGUGGCUCACACCUGUAAUCCCAGCACUUUGGGAGGCCAAGGUGGGUGGAUCGCCAGGUCACAACAUGGAGACCAUCUUGGCCAACAGGGUGAAACCGUGUCUCUGCUAAAAAUACAAAAAUUAGCUGGGCAUGGUGGCACAUGGCUGUAGUCCCAGCUACUCGGGAAGCUGAAACAGGAGGAUCACUUGAACCUGGAAGGUGGAGGCAGCAGAGAGCUGAGACUGCGCCACUGCACUCCAGCCUGGAAACAGAGCAAGAGUGCACCUCAAAAAAAAGAAGUGGGACCCUUUGGAUUCUAUGCUUAGGGAAGAGCAGACAGAGCCUUGGAGUGUGAAGGAGGUGCUGUUCCCUGUUCCGUCUUUACACUUUCUCUUCUGAGAUGUCUGUAAGGAUUUUACCCAGAUACCAUUUGUCUGUUUCAUUUUCAGACUUACCAUCAAUUACCAAGGCCCUUGCAUCUCCCCAGAUUGUUUCCCAAGUUUGCUGAUUUGCUGCUGGUGCCUCGGCCACACGUGACCAGUGGUUACAACUCAGGACUCCAGGCCUCAGCUAAAAAGUGAAGAUGCUGCCCUCCGGGGCAUGAACGUUUAGAACGCUCAGCUCUGCCAUUGUGAUGACAGGAAGAUGGCCCUGAAGAUGCACUGAAGACAGUUGGGAGGGGACUACUGUACUGUCAACCUCUCUGUGGAGGCCAAGGGAGGUAGAGCGGGAGAUCAGGCCCAGCGAGGGAGCUGGUGGUGAAGGAAAGUUCUCAGCGUGGCUAGAGAACAGCAGCCCAGCAGCUUGGGCACCCUCACUCUGUGCAGUCUGAUGGUCCCAGCAUUUUGCUGCAGGGACUUCCCAAGGAUUUGGUUUGGUUUUUCUCUGUUGUUGGAAAUCUGAGCCAAUAUUGUGUCUGUUCCAUUGGGUGUAAAGAGGAAGUCUGGAUCACUUCAACUGACUAGUUAUUUCCAGGUCAUAGUUUUAAAUUAAAGACAUAUCACUUUUUUAUA